CACAUUGGGUGGAAAUAACAAAAUAAACGGAAUGAUAGUGUAAUAAUGGAUUCGGUAUACCUCGUGACACUCUUUUUGUAUAUUAGAUGUCAGACUAAUGCUGAAGAAGUGACCUGUUACAACAAGUACAACCAUGGUCAAAACUAUGUAGGUAAUGUCAGUAAAACAGUAUCAGGAAAACCAUGUUUGAACUGGAAAGUAGUCAAUUCUGCAUAUAUAAACCUUCACGAAAAACAUACCUACUGUCGAAAUCCACUACCAAGAGAGGCUUAUAGACCAUGGUGUUAUACAGGAGCGCAUUUCGAAUUUAGCAAGUGCAUCAUCCCAGUCUGUGAUUGUAGAAAUUCAACAUCGAAUCAUGAUUACGACGGAAAGAUAAACAUCACCAGAAAUGGACAUACUUGUAUCCAUUGGGAUAGAGCCAUUAGUUAUCGUUCUCAACAGGAAAAUUCCUGCAGGACACCGCCAGGAGAUUCCUAUAGUGUUAAUGGACCUUGGUGUUAUGUUGAUACGAAAGGAAAACGGGAUAUUUGUAAUGUACCUAUAUGUGAUAGUGCAUCUUGUCCAUUUCUGUCUUAUCGGCCACAUUUACAAACACAGGAUAAUAAGGAUUCAUACAGAUAUGGGGAAACUGUGAACCUUGUAUGCGAAACUGGAUACAAACUAAACGGUUUCAAAAACCUAUCAUGUCAAGAGUCUGGUGAUUGGAGCAAUGCAAUACCAACAUGUGAAGAUGUUACAUGCCCUGGUUUCUCAAUUGAACUCCAGCAAAGCUGGCACCCAGUUAAACGAUUAUACAUGUAUAAUGACAUUGUCACGUUGACUUGUGAUGAAGGAUAUGAUUUGACGUCAUCUGCAAAUAUUACAUGUCAGUCUAAUGGAAUAUGGAGUGGCAUUCAACCAAAUUGCACAGGUGUUUUAUGCUCUCCGUUACCUAAGAUUGACAGCGCCUUACUACCAAACCAGACAAAAGAAUAUCGAUAUCCUGACACAUUUAAAGUCACUUGCGAAACUGGUUAUGAAGUUGAAGGUGCUGAUCUACUCCAGUGUAAUUCAACUGGAUCUUGGAGUUCUAUACCACGAUGUACAAGUAUAGGUAACAGUGAUAACAUAUAUGAUGAUGAAUUUCAUUUGAAAUGUAAAUGA